AUGAAAGAUUCUGAAACAUUAUUGCCAAUUGAUAACGAUGACAAUGAUACGAAAAAUAAUGUUUAUUGGAAAUAUGAAAAUAAUAAUAAUAAAACUAUGACAAAUCAUGAAGAAUUAGUUGGCGGUUGUUGUGUUUGUUCUGAUGAUCAAGGCUUUUCAAAUAAUGUUCUAGUUUAUUGUGAUGGAAAAGGUUGUACAGUAGCUUGUCAUACAGCUUGUUAUGGAAUUGUAUCAAUUCCUGAUGGUGAUUGGUAUUGUCGUCGAUGUGAAGUUGGCGCAAUUCAAGCACCGUGUCGUUUAUGUCCGUUAAAAGAAGGUGCAAUGAAACAAACAUCUGAUGGUAAUUGGGCACAUGUUAUAUGUGCACUUUAUAUACCUGAAGUAUCAUUUGGCAAUGAUGAAACCAUGGAACCAAUUAUACUGUCAAGAAUUCCAUCAAUACGUUAUGGACAACCAUGUUCUAUUUGUAUUCAAAAUGGACGUUCAAAAUCAGAUGCAAUUAAAGGUGCAUGUUGUGAAUGUAGAGUUAAAAAUUGUUCACAAUUAUUUCAUGUCACAUGUGCACAACAAGCUGGAUUAUUAUAUGAAGAUGUGAGAAAAAAUAAUUGUCAAUAUCCAAUUUAUUGUGAAUAUCAUCGACCGAAAUUUUCUAAAUUUAUUAGACAAGUACCUGCCUUUCAAUAUCAAUCAUCAGAACAAAAUCAUAAUUCAAAAGAAAAAAGAAAUCCAUCGGAAUUAUCUGAUUUUUUUAAUAAUACUAUUGCUCAAACAAAUGGUUCAUUAUUAUCAGAAAGACAAGAACAAGUGGACAAUACAACUAGUCAAAAUUCAUCACAAGUUACAUCAAAAAUUAAUCAUUCACACAAUAUUGAAUUAAAUAAACAAGAACAAACGUCUAGUUCAUCAUUAUGUCAAAAUCAAUUAAUAUCCGAUACAAGAGACUUAUCAAUUGUUAAUUUAAAAUCAUCAAAUGUCAAUAGUGAUCAGAAAACAUCAACAUCUACAUGUACAAAUAUUUCUUCUAAUGUUUAUAAUAAUCUUUCAUCAAAAGAAACUUUUACUCCAAAAAUCAAAAUUGAAGUGAAUGAUAUCGAUUAUCAAAUAGUCGAAAAAGAUAAACUUAAUAAAGAUGCACAAUUACAUAAAAAACGUCAUUAUUCAAAUGAAGACGGUCCAAGACUAGUUGGUCGUCUUCCAUCAAAAAAACCUUAUUUAUCUCAAUUAAAACAUAGUAAUCAUUCAAUAUCUCCAGAAAAAAAUCUAAAACCUAGCGAAUCUCAAACUAAAAAUGAUCAAGCAAAUAUUGAUUUUUAUUCUCAUCAAUUUUUAAAUAAUUCUUCAAUAACAUUAAAAACUUCAGAACAUUCAUUUCCACCUCAAACUUUAGAAGAAUUUCUUGAACAAGAAUGGGAAUUAACAAGUGAUUUUCUUCUUGAACAAAAUAUGCCACGUGAUGUUUCAUCAUUAUUAUCAUGUUUAUAUCAAUUUAAAUCUGAAAAUGCUUCUUUAAAAAAGAAAUUCGAUGAACUUAAACAUCGUCGAGAUUCACUUCGUGUUAUAAAUGCUAAUUUACGCCGAAAACUUUCAGAAACUGUUGCAAUUAAUGAAACACUUAAUGAAUCAUCAUGUCUUCCAAAAAAUAAUCAACAAAUAAAUAAGAAAAGUAAAUCACCUGUAAUUGAAAAACAGCAUAAAUUAAAAAAUAUGAUUCCUUCGGAUACGGAAUUUAUUUCAACUAACUCAACUCCUUCUUCAUCAUUCUCCUAUGAACCAAUUCAUCCAUACGUAAUGCAUAAAAAUGAACCAUUACCUCUAACCCAUGGUCUUAGUCUAGAGCUACUCUCUCAAAUUUUUACAACUAGUGGUCCGCAACUUUUUGCACCAACAUGGAAUAUUUCUAAUUUUGGUUAUGCGAAUUUUCCCGGCGCUAAUUCAAUAUCAGUAUCUGAUGAACCAAUAAUACGUUCAUAUUCAUCUUUUCAACAAUGA